CCCCCGAUAAUCAAUAUGGACGAGUUCAAUACUGACGUUGUUCAACACAGACACAAGUUUGAAACGCGCCAUUUUCAAUUUCGUAGCAGCAGGUUUACAGGUUUAUGCGAAUUUGAUUUAAAUUUUGAAUCAUGUUUUACAUUAUUCUGUGGAAAGAGACUAGAGAAUUAUCAAUCAUCAGUCAUAUAAGUUUAGUUAGAAUAUGCGACGAAAGCAUUAGGAGGGAAGGGCCCUUAAGCUUACAAGAAGGAACAAUACUCAAUCUGAAACAUGAUAAAAAACUGUUCCAAGCAGUCGUCAUCAAAAUCGUGAAAAAAAAGAAAGAUGCAGAAGACAUUUGCAAUGAGAAACUCAGAAAGAGUGCUCUAGCAACCUAUAUGACAGAUACAGACAGGCAAGACAGCACAGACACGGGUGCAGACACCACAGAUGAUGAUGAUGAUCGCCGUGAGACGCCCAAGAAAUCCACAGAUGAUGAUCAUCAUGAAGAUCCUGAGACACCCCAGCACUCCAAGGAGACCAAAAAAUCCAGCACUAAGGAUAGGGUAGCAGUGCUUGAAAAGUGUUACCAAUCACUUAAAAGAAAACUAAACGCUUUGGAAGACAGGUUAUUGGAUAUGAAAGAAAAACCUCGAGAACAAAAUGAUGCUGAAUCCAACUUGAUAGAAAAGAAAUUUCUGAGUGAUGGGGAUGAUGUGGCUAUUGGGUAUACAACAUUUGACACCAAUACUUGUGUACCAACUACUUGGUUAGUGGAGGUAACGAAGAAAUGCCAAGGUAAAGGUGGUUUCUUUCUGCUAACCAAGUUAUUGGAAGGUUUGAUCCAUCUGUAUGAUCUAGCUGGUAGGACUCAGAAAUCCUUUGAUGGAAGCGCUGCUGUCAUCAUCACUGCAAUCAAGAGUGAUUAG